AAUCAAGAUAACGAUUUGAUGCUGGAAGUGGGGAUAGAUAGCGGACAGAACCUCAAGGCUCUUCUGGAACACAGCUCAGCCUUGUCUUGCUUGUAAGGAAAUAAUAUCCUCAGAGUACACCAAGCCACUGCAACCUGCGCACGUCGUCAAAAUGGUCUCCUCGAUCGCACAACCCCCUGAUAAGUCAGUUGACUUACUCAUCGGCUCCCUAAGGAAAUCAGCAAAUUCAAAAGAACAUCUCGAGACAGCAAUUCGCGACAAAGAGCUUGUUCCACUGUGGAACACUGGGGAUCCGCCAGCAGCACCCGAACCACAUACGAAGCAUAUUCCAGCGGUCUGGCGAUAUGAAGACACGAAAAGCCUUCUCCUUCGCGCAGCUGAACUUGUUGACGCAAAAGAGGCAGAGCGUCGUACAAAUCUUUGCCAGUUUCUCCAUCUCGCUUUCUGCUUCUCCAUGUCCCUAUUCCUGCAGCCGGUGAACAUAACCACAGGGCACAGAUGUGUCCCGACCUCGACUACAUUUGCUGAGUUUGCCCUGGGUCCUAAAAUCUUCCUUUGCAAGACUUCGCAGAUGUGGAGUAUUGAGAAUCCACUUGCCAACGAGCAUCAGUUGGAAUCAGGGCUAGCUGAAUAGGGUCGUAUUUCGUAUGGUAUAUGAUUGUCGGAGCCUGGAUUGAAUCCCAUCAUUUCCCUCGCUCUCGAUCGGCAGACUCUUGAGAAGGUUCGC